AUGGGUAUAUUGUGGAAGCUGUACUGAUCAGGUAAAUUGACUAUUUCUUAUAUACUUGUGAUUACUACUACAACUGAACUGACUAUAGAACUAGUCUUGGAGCUCUCCAAAUUGCCCACGACAGUACUUAAAUAGUUUGUUACCCUCUCUCCGAAAUUUUAAUCAUUUAAACUUGAUUAUAUAGAUCCUAAAACAAACUCGCCCUUCACGAUUCACACACCGCUAUGGUCCUGCGCCCAACCAGGUCUCAAGGAAUUCAACUACUGCUGUAUGAAAUCAUCCUCUUUCAUUCUUUGAGUCAUCAAAAGCAAACAGUACUAAUCUAUCGAAGGUGGUUUUGAUGACAAAGUUUCCUGUUGUAACGCCUCUUUCUUUCUCCCCGGUACCGGUUCAGCAUUCCAAGCUGGCAAUGAUGCUUUGGCAUCCUCUUUGCGCGUGGGAGGAACCACUUCUCCAGUCACAGUCACCACUGUUGUAUCCGCGACUAAUUCACCUAUUGCAACACCCGAGGCAAGCAACACGAAGUCCGAAUCCAACCCCAGCGCAUCAGAAAAUUCGGAUCUAGGUACAAAACUCGGUCUUGGUAUCGGCGUACCUCUAGGUAUACUAGUCCUCGGAUUGCUAGCAACUUUGUUCUGGUGGAUUCAAAGGCAGACGGCUCAUGGGAUGCAUUUACGCGUGAAUUCUCACAACAACAAGAUUGCUGAGGGGUCAACUGGGGCUUAUUCAGACGUUUACCGUCACAAUAUGGAGAUUCAGAGUUCACAUAAUCAACCGCAAAGUUCAUUUGAACCGAUUGAUCCCAUAUACGAAGCUCCAGCGCAAGUUGACCCCAGGGAAUUGCCUCAUUGAGUCAUUCCCCGCUCAUACCCAAGUAUCCACUUCUAGAGGUUUAUUCAUCGUAAUAUUUAAAUUUGCUCCAAA